AUGUCAUUAGAUAAUUUUAGAUCUAAAGUCCUUUCAAAUUCAGAUGGGGAGGAAAGGGUCGAAGUUAAUCAAAGACUCUUAAUUGAUAAGAUUUUGGCUCGGUACCCUUCUGAAUUUGUAGUAUUUCGCGAGUUAAUGCAGAAUUCUGAUGAUGCAGGGUCAUCAACGGUUCAAAUUGUUUUCGAAACUGCAAGUAAUAAUUAUCAAGCUGUACGAAAUCCUUCAAAUCCAUCAAAAAGGUUGAGUUUAGAUAGAAAAAUGGAGAACAAAAUUACGCGAAUUAUAUUUAAAAACAAUGGAUUCGCUUUUAGAGUUGAGGAUUGGAAUCGAUUAAAGAAAAUUGCUGAAGGAAAUCCAGAUGAACAAAAAAUUGGAGCUUUCGGUGUUGGCUUUUAUUCAUUGUUUUCAGUUUGUGAAGAACCAUUCGUUUCUUCCGGUGGGCAAGGGAUGGCUUUCUAUUGGCGUGGAAACCAAUUAUUUGUAAAACAAGCACAAACUGGUGAUGAUGAUAAAGUUUGGACAACAUUUUUAAUGGACAUGAGGGAACCUUUAGAAAUUCCAGAUCUUGAAAAAUUCGCACGGUUCUUAACAAAUUCAUUGGGAUUUACAGGAAAUCUUCAAGACGUGCUUGUAUAUGUUAAUGAUAUAUUGGCAAUGCAAUUGUCAAAGAAAAUGCAAGAUCCGAAACCAAUAAAUAUUACGCCCGAUUUCAAUACGUUUUCUCCACAAAAGAUAUUUAAUCUUACCUUAGCAAAUGUUAGAUGUGUUCAACUAUAUAUGAAAAGAUUGGUGAUUCCGACAAAUAUGAGCUUAAGACAAUGGAUUUCGUUACCAAACGAUCUUCAAAUAGAAGAAGCAUCUAUAUUUCUUAGAGUUGUCAAUGGAAAUUUAGAUGUUAACGUUAGCGAUGAGAUUUCUUCAGAAAUGGAAAGGGUUACAAAAAAGAAACCACCAAGUAAAACGAUUAUUCAAAUGAUUUAUACUGGGGUUGAUGAAGAUGGUAGUUGUAAUACGGAUGUUUCGCCAAUUUUUAAAGACUUACUUCCAUAUCCCGGACAAGGAAAGAUAUAUAUUGGUUUUCCGACUCAUCAAACUACCGGAUGUUGCUCUCACUUAGCGGCUCGUGUAAUUCCUACUGUGGAUCGAGAAUCAAUCGACUUGGUGGAGAAAACUCUGCUUAUAUACAACGGCGAAAUGUUACGUUUAGCAGGAACAUUGUGCAGAAUUCUAUAUGAAAAUGAAAUGGAUCAAAUAGCAUGGGCUUUUAAUGAAAAGAUCACUAAUAAUACGAACAAUGAUGAAGAUAUAAAGUCUAUCCGUGGAUAUCUUGAAAGCUGGGCAAUAUACGCCUUAACACAUUUUGCGUUUAAUCCAAGUACACCAAAUGCGCAAGUUGGAAUAAUAACGGAAUCACAAUUUUUCAAUUGUUCGAAAAAUAUAUUACCAAUUUUGUCAACGAAUGGCGUUCUUCCAAUAUCUAAUGUUCGUAUUCCAAAUCCAGCAAUGGCAGGAUUCAUAAAAACCAUUCCAGUUGUUCCGAAGAUUGUAUUCGAUCAGUGUUACACAUUUUUUAAGAAAGCAAGAGAUACGAUGAAACUUAUAAAGGAAUUGACUCUUCAAGAUGUCUUUCAUGAAUUAAGUAGUCGAACACUUUCUGAAGACGAAAUGACUGACCUUUUGAAAUGGUGGAUUUCUUAUAGAUCAAGAGGAUCUUUUGUUAGAGUAACGGAAAUUUCGCAGUUUAUGCAACUUGCACGUUUUGGAAAUAACUCUCGAUCUUUAAAUACAAUUCGUUAUUUUUUGAACCCAACAGUAAUCCCCUCAGAAAUGGAUGUUCCAGUUGAUGUACUGCCAUUUAAUAUAUCCAAAAACUUAAAAAAGCAAGAUCUUGAAAAAUUGGCUGGAUGGUCAGAAUUAUCUUUGAUUAAUUGGGCAAAGUUUAUUGUCAAAAAAUCUGAUCUGGAACGCGACCCUACAUUUGCUAAGAAAGUUAUUCAAAUUUUAGGAGAGGGUUUAAGUAAUAUUUCACAAACUGACAAGGAAAUUAUUCAACAGUUAUUUGCUCGUAAAAAAUGUAUUCCAACAAAAUUCGGAAUGAAGAUUCCAAAUGAAGCUUAUUUUAAAGAAGUUGAUCUAUUUUCUGACUUACCUACUAUCGAUUUAGAAGAAACUACAACCCUUAAAAAUAUAUUGGAACUAUUGGGUGUUCGAAAGGUUGUUGAAUUGAAACUUAUUUUUGAUCGCCUUGUUGGUCAAGGAAAUUGGGAUCAUAUACAACUCGCAAAAUAUCUUUCUUCAAUGUCAAGUAAUCUUAAACAAAAUGAAAUAAUGAUAUUAAAGGACAAACCCAUCUGGCCUAUAGAAAAAAGUUCAUCACGGUCUAAAAAAGGUGAAUCUAGGGAAAUACAACGUUUUGUCGCGAGAUCUUUGCAUACACCUUCGGAUAUACAUCGUGAAUUUGGUUUACCUCUGCUUGAUUGGAAAGGAGAAUGGGCUAGUCAAUCACAUGAAGGAAAAUUUAUUAUUGGAUUGGGUUUGCAAGAGUAUCCUACACUUAUGAAAAUUCUGGAACUGGCGGCAAAUCAUUCAAAUCUCAAAAUUCGUAGCAAGGCUCUCAGAUAUUUUAUUAAUAAUUUUGAAGAAAAGUAUUCUGGAGAUUAUGAUCCUCAAGUUGAUAUUGCAUUCUUACCUUGUUCGAAUCGAGGUACUUAUGCAAAGCCUUCAGAAUGUUACAUUAGUUCUGAAUGCACAAUAAUGAAAUUCAAUGCUGUAAGUCAAGAUUUACGGUUUCAAGUAGAACGAUUUGGUGUUCGACAGCAUCCUAGUCGUGAAGAACUCUUAAAAAGAUUAAACGAAGAACCACCACGACAUGAAAAUAAGGCGAAGACUAUUUUUGAAUAUUUGGCAUCACGACAAACAGUUUUUACCGAUGAUGAUUUUAAAUCUUUAACUGAUUUAAAAUUUAUCCCAAUAAAGAAAAAUUCUCGAGCUAAAAUAACUCUUGCCAGUCCACGCAAUUGUUUUUUUAGUGUUCAAGAAGAAUUGAAAAAUUUCUUUUCAUGCAUUGAUUUUGGAAGUAAAGCAAAAAUAUUUCUUCAAACUUGCGGUGUUAAAAACGAACCAGCUGCAACCGAACUUGCUGAAUUAUUAGUAAGUUCAUCACGUGAAGUGUACAAUUCACUGGGAAAUUUGGAAAAAUACUUGGAUAUUUUAAGAAAAAUUGCAUUUAAUUUUAGUACUAUAGAUAAACCAAGUUUAAUUGCAGUAAUGAAAAAAUCACCUAUUUUAAUAGGUGUUAAGAAACGUAGCAAUGGGAUUGAAACUUCUAGUUUGGCUUUAGGGAAAGACAUUUUUAUAAACGACAAUAGUGCAUAUCAACCAGUUUUUGAACCAUUUACAGCUCCGGUAGAAAGUGAUCAUUAUAUGAAAAUUUUGUAUAGUGAAUUGGGAUGUAGAUCCUUACAUGAUUCUGUACAAGAAAUUAUAAGGCCAAUAGGUAUUCGACAGAAUAAUCUUGAUCCAGAAACUGAAGAAUUAGAAGAAAAAAUCAUGGAGAGAGCAAGUUUGUUUUACUAUGAACAUCCUGACCCUAAAAAAAGUAUUGAAUGGUUUAAAAGACUGAAAGUUAAAGAGGCUAGCUAUAUGGAGACAACUUUUACAUUAGAUAAUAAUACUAUAGUUAAAAGAAGACAUACUAGUGCUUGUAUUCUUCAAGAUAUUAUGUACGUAACAACUAAACCUGCUCCACUUGAUAUUGCAGAACAAAUAGUCAAGAGCAUUUAUAAAAAAUUUGAAUGGAAAAAUGUUUUUAGUGUAUCUGUGCUUUUAACUGAAGAAUUAACAACUUUAAAACGUAAGGGAUAUCCGGUUGAUCACAUAUUAAAGCAACAAAAUUUACGAUAUGCGUUUCAACAAUCCACUGUAAAUGUUGAAAAAAAAAUAGUUAUAGUGACUCCUGCAUCUACUCAAAGAUUACGAAAUUCUUUACGUGAUUCUAUUAGAUCUUGUAAUUUAAAUGUAGGAAAUAUUAAUGGUAUUAUUAGCCAAGCUAAUGUUACAAUUGUUAAUGAAAGCAAAACAAGUUAUUGUGAUAUUAUACCGGGCCAUUUAUUAUCUCACGUUGGAACUAUACGUGAUAUUAAAUUAUAUGAUACUAAAAUUUAUCAACCAGAAAUCAUGUCCCCAUCAGUUACUGUUCAAUUAAAUCAUUUUAUAGAUAUAUUAAGAGAUAUUGCGAACGUUUUUGAACUUGUACCGAAAGCUGUUCAUAUUUUUUAUGAUAACAACUCAAGUUCAAUUGCAUUCAAUCGUGAUGGAGCGUUAUUUUUCAAUUUAAGCUAUUAUAUCGCGUUACACGAACAAGAUUGUAAAAUUAGACCUACAAAUGAUGCCAUGACAUAUUGGUUUAUGACAUUUUGUCACGAAUUAGCACAUAAUUUUGUUGUAAAUCAUAGUUCUGAACAUGAAUUUUAUUUUUCAUCAUUUACGGAAACUUAUAUGUCGAAAUUUCUAACAAUGAUGAAAAACCGUGGAAUUAUAUGGUAAAUGGUAAAAUUAUUGCGUUCCGCAUUUGUGGAAAAAAAAAAUUUUUUUAUUUAAGAAAUUUAUUACUUGUAUUAUUAUAUUCUUGUAUUUUUUUUUUUCUUUUUUCUUAUUUAUUUGUCUAUAUUU